AUGUCCACUUUCAGUUCUCCCCGAGUGAGAGCCCCAAAGCCCGGUAUUUUCUCACAGCAAACGCUACUCAUUCUUGUUGGCCAAGACCGCACGCCAUUUCACGUCCAUCCGACCACACUAGCUAAGACCGGAUUCUUUGAAGUUCAUGGACACCCACCGACGGCUGCCGAGAAAGAACAUCGACUACAGCUCGGUCGUGCGAGUGCUACCUUGGGAAUGGGGACUCCACCAACAGAGUUAAAGCAGGAACCAGGGCGUUCACGCUCAAGCUCACGCUCCUCAACGGUCAACGCCGAACAGAGAUCACCCAUCAAUGCAGCUAGUAACUCUACCCUCGAAGACUACCAUCUUGUCAACCACGUUUUCGAGCCAGCAGCUUUCGAGGUGAUCGUCAAGUGGCUCUACAACCAACCACCAGGUGUUCCUGGGAAUAGGGGACAGUGCAAAACCCUUCUACGUGCGUACGCCUUGGCCUUGCAGUACAGUAUCGACGGAUUGCAGGACGCCAUUGUCGAAAACUUUCGGAUUUAUCACCAAGAUUUUGAUCUGAAUUUCGACGAUCUUGUCUGGUUCAUCAACCGGUUUGGAGAUGAUCUAAGCUAUCGUGCUGUUCCAAUGGUUAUCUAUUUGGCAGACCAGACAGCCUACGAGCUUACUACUCAUGGCUACGACAAGUUUGUUGCCAAAAAUCAAUUUUUCCAAAGAUUCCUCACGACUGGUGACCGCCCGCUCCGAGCAAUCAUCUUCGAGGCCCUGGUCAACCUCGCCCGUGCACCGCAGGCAGUCGACCCAGCGACCGGACCGAACAGAUGGAGUGUGGCAGGCUCUACCAACAAUCGUAGCCAGCCACCAACAGAUGAAAUGGAGGUGAUUGAGAUUGACUAA